UUGUCGGAGCAGGACGACGGCGAAGAAAUCAGCCCCCAAUUAUUGAUGAUGCCUCAACCAAUGCAAAACAAGUGGCCAGGUCGUGGAUACAUCAGCGAAGACAGACACAGACAGGCCCUUGCCGCCCAUGAUGAUCCCUAUGCGAGAACAUACAUUCGCUAUGGAAAGCGAGCCGCUUACGCAGAUCUGCCCUGGGGCAAAAGGAGCGGUCGUCACAACAUCUUCUGA